AUGACGCUGGAAGAAAAACGUGCACUCGAGGCGCUGCAAGAGCGUAAUGAUGAUAACAUCAUGUUCGAUGGGUUCAAUGGUGACGACGAUUUCGGAAGUAGUGUGUUGGACGGAUCAGAGUCAGUCAACAUUAGCCAUGCAGGUGGGGAGCUGCAUGAACUCACCAGGCAAUUAAUCAGUGACUUCUGGAAAGGAAAUUCGCAGACCCGUGGUCAUCGAGCUGACUAUAGGACCAGGCGUGACAGAACUAGGCGUCGCACGGAAGCCUUUGACCAGCAAAUGUCAGCACUAACACGUGCCUACCUGGACUGGAAUCUUGCUAAUGGUGGUUCGGACGGUCGGGGGUUCUUCUCACAGUAUCGAGACACAUGUGGUACAUUUGGAACAAUGGUCGACGCAAAUGCAGGAUCGAUUAUCAUCAACGUUGUGGAUGUGUUUUACGCUGAAAGGCUACCUCUAACUAUUCUAUCGACUGACUCUUUCAUAGCUUCAGCACUCGUCCGGCAAGGUGUCGUCCCGUGUUCACCAAUCAGCCCAUCAACUGGGGUUACAAUGCAAGCCCUCAAUUUUUAUCAUAUUGCACGCCAGCGCAACCCGCACUUCUCUAUUCAGGCAUAUGUGAAAACGCUAUGUGACCUACAAGGCGUUCAAUUUCACCCAUAUCUUUCACGCCAAUUCUCGAUCGCGCUUGACGUGUACUUGCAGAUUCUCUCUAACGUCAAAUCACUGGUCCACGAAGCCAUCGGACGCAGUAAUUCUAACUGGCGUCUGAUGCACGCGUGCCCAGCAUGUACUUACACGCUCAAAGAUGAAGACACUUUAAAAUUCCGUCUACUCUAUACGAUGGACGGCAACGACUCGCUCAAGCGAGUGCUUAAAAAGGUUGUGCGGGAUGACUCUGAGUACCUCGAUGACGACAACGACAUUCCUCUACCAAGGUCUGCCGAGCUACCUUCUACACAAUCUGUGGGUGGUGACCGGUACUUAACGAGGGACUACGUAAAUAGCUUCGCUGGUGAUUCUUCAGUCGACAUGCUAUCAGUCGACGACAAGGAAAAUCCAUGCGCUGGACGUUGGAACAACAUGAAGGACGAAAAAACCAGAAGAAUGUGGGGUGUGUUUGAUGAGUCUGGAAUUUUCAUGGCUGUCUGUCGCCAUGGAUUCUCUCUUGUUAUCGCGGACAUGGUUCAAAGCGGCGAACAAUCCAAGUAUCCUUUGGCAGUUGUAUCAAAACUCCUCGAGGUUUUCGGCAAGGACUUAGGCGGUGGCUAUGAUAUUGGCUGUAGGUUCAAGACUACUCUCAAUCGAAGUGUGCUGGGUCAGUCUGCGCGUGAGCUCAACCAUACAUCACUCGUCGGUGCUUUUCACGGACACGCCCACAAACGCUUGUGUCAACUUGAUCAUCUAACUACAUACGUCAAAGGUCUAGGACUUGAAGAUCUCGAGGGCUGCGAACGAACGUUCUCAAAAUCGAACGCACUCGCAUCUUCGGUCCGUUAUUCAAGUAUUUUUCACCGACGCCAAGCUAUCGCGAAUUAUUUUCAGCAUACUGAUGACUUCGAAGUAUACGCCAAUCUUUCUACGUUCCUAUAUAACAAUUAUAAACAGGCCCUCUGUAUUCUGCACGACGGACAGUCAACGCUUCCGCAACUCAUGCGUGAGCUUGGCAUCACCAACGAUAGCGUCUUCGAAAACUGGCUGGUCGAGGAACGUGCUUACCUAAUGUCGUUGAACCAGGAACCAAAACACGAAACGUUACAAAUGGAAUACUGGCAGAAGCUUGUCAACAUGACUGCAAGCAAGAAAGACCUGGAUGUUGCCAGUGCGCCUUGGAGCAUAUCCACACCAUCCAGUGCAUCGUUUGGAUCACGUGAUAUCGCUACGACUAUCAGAAUCGAAACUGCACGUCGGCAUGCCAUCGAGAACUAUGAGAAAGAUCUCAAAGUUGUCCAAGAGCUUGAAGUGAAGCUCGGGGUGACUCGUCGAUGGACGCCGGAUGAUAUCGAAUGGAAGGAUGCGGGUCGCCUUGUAGCAAAUCGGAAGUUUCAGCGGGCCCUGGACUCUUUGGAAGGUUUAGUAGUUGCUCGUAUCUUUGAGCUAUCGAAGAUGAACCGUGCGGGGACAGGCUACAAACUACGAAAACACAUUGGGAGAGCUUUGCAGGCUCGCUCUGCAGCUAUUCGGACGGCACUCGACCGCUAUAACACUGCAGCACGUGCCCUUUCACCACCUCGUCCAUCUCUUUCCUGGGACGAGGUCGUUGAAUAUGCAUUCCUCUCCGACUUUGAUCUUCUUCGAGAUGCCCGCCAAGAUGUGUCUCAACAUGCCUGGGCCACCCCCACCGGUCGUUUAGCCAUGGAUACGUACUACAAGAUGCAACGCGCACGAGAAGAGGUUCAGCGACUCAAUAUCGAGGUCAAGAGAAUGGUCACGUACCUUCGAGACGAGGACUUAUACCUACGCGAGUGUGACAAACAACUUCGAACCAUCCAUCCUGCACUUGCAUAUCAAGUUAGCGUCCAUCGUAACAUUUACGCUCGCUUCACUGAACACCAUUUUCGCCGUCUAGUCAGCAUGGGCAAGCUACAUGGCUUUACAGGAUCGCUGUCACCUGGAGUCAGCAGCGAAGAAUCACCUGGGGCAAGUGGCAGUGCACCUGCUGUGUGUAUCCCUGCUCGUCUGCUGGUCCCAGUGGUUCCUGUCGUUACAGAAAAUGUGGAAGAUGGUAUAGCGGAUCUGGAUGACGAGGAGGGUGCGGAAGUUGAUGGGGAAGAGCAGUCGCGCAUUCUUGAGGACAUUCUCCAGGUUACCUUUGAUGUUUAA